UCAAAACAUCAUGGCGGCUGGUUUCAAAGUUGCUGAGCCUCUAGAGUACCACAGGAGAUUUCUGAAAGAGAACUGUCGCCCUGAUGGACGGGAGCUGUCAGAAUUCAGAACCACGACACUAAACAUAGGGUCCAUAUCCACAGCAGAUGGCUCAGCCCUGGUAAAGGUUGGAAACACCACAGUCAUCUGUGGCAUCAAAGCGGAGCUGACGAACCCAACAGUGGAGGCACCAGGUAAAGGUUACAUAGUGCCCAACGUGGACCUGCCGCCACUGUGUUCCUCUCAGUUCCGGCCCGGUCCACCGGGAGAGCAGGCACAGGCUGCCAGCCAGUUCAUCGCUGAUGUAAUACAAAGCUCUGGGGUGAUACAAACAGAGGAGUUGUGCAUUGAAAGAGGGAAGCUCUGCUGGGUGCUCUACUGUGACCUGAUAUGUCUCGACUACGAUGGGAACGUGUUGGAUGCUUGCAUCGUUGCCCUGCUGGCUGCCCUGAAGAACACACAACUCCCAGAGGUCACCAUCAGCACAGAGACGAGUUCACCAGUGGUGGAUUUAGAAAAGAGACGUGGGCUGCAUAUUCACAAACAUCCAGUCGGCGCCUCUUUUUGUGUCUUUGAUGACUCCAUACUGAUCGUAGACCCCACAGCUGAGGAGGAGAGUCUGUCGACCGCUCACCUCACCGUGGUGACAGAUGAUGAAGAUCGACUCUGCAUUGUACAUAAACCAGGUGGGACGUGCCUGUCGGGAGACAAGCUUCAGGAGUGCAUCAACAGAGCAACAGCGAGACAGAGAGAGAUCCAGAAACUCAUCGACAAAGUGAUACACAGUGUGAAGGCGGCACAAUAAAGAGCCUCAGACGCUUUUUUUUUUUUUUUUUUAUCUAAAAGCUGUAUUUUCCACUGUCAAUAUAUAUUCUUUUUUUUCUUUUAAUAACAAUAAAACUGCUGACAAAGACUGCUUAAAAAAUUAUUUCUCAGUGUACAGAAAUGUCUCACAUACACACUCAAUUGAUGUCUCAUAAGAAUACGCUCAUGGCUCCUGAACUAAUUAAAAGGAAAUACCUUUUUUUUUUUUUUUUCAAAAUGUGCUGUACAAAAGCAGAUACACCGUCUUGCAUGUUCAUCUUGAGUCCUCGGUUGAGCCCUGUGCCUGGAUGGCUAACAGAAGAAAGACUUCCAACAGACUUGAGAGGUAGAGAGCUGCCCCAGGCACUACUCCAAGAUUAGAUUUGCAUUUUCACAUGUAAUGGUUAUAUGGAGGAUUUGGUGUCAAAAAAAAAAGCUCACUGGGAUCCGCGCUUAAAGGGCAGUGUCUGCCGGUGUCGACCAAGCAGAGGCAGGAGAGUCAAGACACGCUCAUGAGAAAUCCUCUAAGAAUGUGUAUUCGUAAUCCUUUCAGCCCCCGUGGUGAAAGGUCUUCCUGAAGGGGCGAUGUGUUAUUGUGAGAGCCUGCCACCUACGAGAACCAUCUUAUUCUGUUUCAUUUCAAAAAAAAUAUCACUAAAGGUUCUUUAAGUGUAGGGCUCCCUGGUCUUAAAACCACCUCCCCUAUGGUGGACAGAGUUUUGGUUCUCCAAAACCUCUGACAACCUUUACAUACAAAUUUGUCAGCUAGAAAAAG